UUCAUGAAACCCCGGGACGAUUCCUCGCUCGCGGAACGCCAGGGCAACUGGAAGCUCGCGCUGAAGGUUGGCAAGACAGCGACGCUGGGCUUCUCCAACUCGCUCUGGACCAACAGCGACUUGCUGAACGAGGCGUCGGCGCCGGCGACGGAGGAGGAUGCCAAGUACAGCGCAUUCAACACGGAGCCUUUCAAGCGGGUUCGCAUGUGCGUCGGAAGCCCGGAAUCCAACUGUGUGGAGCACGUCUUUUCCAAGAAGUACGACAACGCGAAGGCCCUUUUCAGUGCCGGGUACAUUCGCGACAAAAGCGUGAAGCGGGACGAGAUUCUCAGUACCUUCGGGCCCGCGAAAGACUCCUACCAGGACUGCCCCAUGCAGAGGCCUGGCUUCAACAUCGAGUGCAACGACGGCAACAAGGCUCGCUGGGGCUUCUGCCUCAACUGCGCCAGCCAGGGCUGCCAGAAUGACGACGGCAACGACGCCGACGCAGCCAUCGGCAUCGGACUCGCAGGACAGAGCACCGACACCGAGCUGGGGGGAGGUUGGACCGCGUACUUCGCUUCGGGUAAAGGUACAUGCAGUGCCAACAGCAAGACCUUCAAGGCAGUUUGGUUUUGGGUGGACAGCCUCAAGAAACCCAUCGCGAAGGGCGACUACAAGGUCUUGCCUGGCAAGAAAUGCAAAGGCACUCCUUACACGUUCGAUUUGUCUUCGAACUGUGACGGUUUCCAAGGACUGUCCGUGGAACAGUGUCAGAACAAGUGCUUUGAAAGUGCGAAGGCACCUAACUGCCCUCAGAAGACCUGUGGUGCCGCCGUCUCCUACAAGGGGGGUUGGUGCCACCUGUACGAGGAGUGUCCGGAGCAGUACGAUCGAAGUGAAGCUACAGCCAUCAUUGGGAAGGAACGCCAGGGCAACUGGAAGCUGGCGCUGAAGGUUGGCAAGACCGCGACGCUGGGCUUCUCCAACCCGCUUUGGACCAACAGCGACUUGCUGAACGAGGCGUCGGCGCCGGCGACCGAGGAGGAUGCCAAGUACGGCGCCUUCAACACGGAGCCCUUCAAGAGGCUUCGAAUGUGCGUCGGGAGCCCGGAAUCCAAUUGCGUGGAGCACGUCUUCUCCAAGAAGUACGACAAUGUGAAGGACCUCUUCAACGCAGGGUACAUUCGAGACGAAACCGUGAAGCGGGACGAGAUUCUCAGCACCUUCGGGCCCACAAAGGGUUCCUACCAGGACUGCCCUAUGCAGAGGCCUGGCUUCAACAUCGAGUGCAACGAUGGCAACAAGGCUCGCUGGGGCUUCUGCCUCAACUGCGCCAGCCAGGGCUGCCAGAAUGACGACGGCAACGAUGCCGACGCAGCCAUCGGCAUCGGACUCGCAGGACAGGCCACCGACACCGAGCUGGGGGGAGGUUGGACCGCGUACUUCGCCUCCGGGAAAGGCACGUGCAGCGCCAACAGCAAGACCUUCAAGUCAGUUUGGCUCUGGAUCGACAGCCUCAACAAGCCUAAGAAGCCUCCCCGCAAGGGUCACUGGGAGCUGGCGAUGAAGGUUGGCAAGACUGCCACCCUGGGGUUCUCCUCGCCGCUCUGGACGACUGACGACCUGCUCAAUUCAGGUUCGCCAAUGGCGACCGAGGAGGAUGCCAAGUACGACGCGUUCAACACGGUGCCCUUUAAGAAGGUUCGCAUGUGCAUCGGAAGCCCGGGAUCCAACUGCGUGGAGCACGUCUUCUCCAAGAAGUACAAGAACGCAAAGACCCUUUUCAGCGCAGGGUACAUUCGAGACGAAACCGUGAAGCGGGACGAGAUUCUCAAGAAAUUCGGCCCUGCAGAGGGAUCAUACCAGGACUGUCCCAUGCAGAGGCCUGGCUUCAACAUCGAGUGCAACGAUGGCAACAAGGCUCGUUGGGGCUUCUGCCUCAACUGCGCCAGCCAGGGCUGCCAGAAUGACGACAGCAACGACGCCGACGCAGCCAUCGGCAUCGGACUCGCAGGACAGGCCACGGACAGCGAGCUGGGGGGAGGUUGGACCGCGUACUUUGCUUCUGGGAAAGGCACGUGCAGCGCCAACAGCAAGACCUUCAAGUCCGUGUGGUUCUGGGUGUCCAGCCUCGAGGGAUCCUCGAAGCCCUACACGCUCACGAAGGACGAGUGGACCCCGGUGAUGAAGAUCGCCGAG